GUCAUCAUCCAAGACACAUUUCCAGAGUAAAGAUGCUUUAAAUGAAAACAGGCACAAAAUGGAUCACUCAAUCCUCAGAAUGACAUGCGUCUUGGUGGUGAUCUGUCUCUUGGAUAAAAGGGUAGACUCCAAUGAAAUCUUGGGCCUGAAGCUCCCCAACAUCGACCCGAUCCUGAAUGCCAACACCGUGUGUUUGACUCUGCCGGGGCUAACGCGGCGCCAGUUGGAGGUGUGCAUGCGUAACCCAGAUGUGACAGCUUCAGCAAUCCAGGGAAUCCAGAUUGCCAUCCACGAGUGCCAGCACCAGUUCAGAGGGCAUCGCUGGAACUGCUCCAGCCUUGAGACUAGGAACAAAAUACCCUACGACAGCAUAGUCUUCAAGAGAGGUUUUAGAGAGAGUGCCUUUGCAUAUGCCAUUGCAGCAGCAGGCGUGGUGCACGCAGUGGCCAACGCCUGCUCUAUGGGCAAACUGAAGGCGUGCGGCUGUGACGAGAAGCGCCGCGGUGACGAGGAGGCCUUUCGCAUCAAACUGCACCGCUUGCAACUGGAGGCCAUCCACCGGGGGAAGGGCAUGGUACACGGUGUCAUGGAGCACUUCCCCGCUGACCUGCCGGGACCCCAAGACUCCUGGGAGUGGGGCGGCUGCAGCCCCGAUGUGGAAUUCGGAGAGAAGUUCUCUCGGGACUUCCUGGAUGCCCGCGAGACCUACAAGGACAUCCAUGCCCGUAUGAGGCUGCAUAAUAACAGAGUUGGCAGACAGGUGGUUCUCGACCACAUGAGGAGGAAAUGCAAGUGCCACGGGACGUCGGGGAGCUGCCAGCUGAAGACCUGCUGGCAGGUCACCCCUGAGUUCCGGGUGGUCGGCUCAAUCCUCAAAGAGCGCUUCCACAUCGCCACGCUCAUCAAGGCUCACAACCGGAACACCGGGCAGCUCGACCACUCUCACCACAACAACCACAACAACCACCACAACCACCAUAACCAUCACAACCACCACCACCAUCACCACCAUCAGAACAACCACCACAAUCACCACCAUCACACGCAUCGGAGGCGGCCAAGCAUCAACGAACUGGUCUACUUUGAAAAAUCGCCAGAUUUCUGCGAGCGGGACCUGGGGUCGGACUCAGCGGGCACGCAGGGCCGGAUCUGCAACAAGACCAGCCCCGGCAUGGACAACUGUGAAAGUCUGUGCUGUGGGAGAGGCCACAACAUCCUGCAGCAGACACGGAGCGAACGCUGCAACUGCAAGUUUCACUGGUGCUGCUACGUGGUCUGUGAACAGUGCAGGAUAACAGAGUGGGUCAGUGUCUGUAAAUGAAGAAAAACACCAAAAGACUACAUGAUAAAAACAAAGAAAGAAAGAACAGACUCAAUAAACAUUAUUAAUUUGAAAGGGGAACAUGACCGUUAUACUGUUUGUGCCCCAUUACUUUUUGCGGUGGACUGCUGUUUUCCUUUCCAGAACUGAAGAGCAAGGACGGAGUGUGAAGCAGUUGAGCCAGCAGAAAGAUAGAUGUGCAUGUUGGUAAGAGUGUGCGUAUGCAGCACAACUCAGAGAGCACGGAUGUUCUGCGUUCCUGUCGAUACAAAGUAACACAGUUACAUCAGCUAAAUGUCUGAAAAUUCAAAUAUCUGAAAGCGACAAAUGAUUAUUGUUUCAACGUUUGUUGACUGGCAUACUGCUGCAUGGGAUUCAGAUGAGCUAAGAGGAAGUAGAGAGUAAGCAGUAGAUUGCAGUCAAGAGAAAAAAAAAUCUUUAUAGCACCAGAGAUAUACUGUAAAAGGGGAAAAGGCUGAGAUCUGCGUUCCAAUGAAACUCAAAAAGCGGGGGGAGGACAUCAGAUUUUUUUUUUCUUUCCAAACCAAUCAUACAAUAUAUACGAUAGUCCCCCCCAUCACCAAUACGACCAUGAUUUACAGCAUAAACACCAUGUUACACAGUGUUUUUCAGAGACAAAUAUAGACUGUUUCACACAGCAGGAUUCACUGUGCACAGGAUUUGUCACAGCACAACACACCUGGAGCACCUAAGGAUUUAGUGCCUUGUUCGAGGGCAGUUCUGAAGUUUCAGUGUUUAUAGCAGCUAUCAGGUUACAGCUAGAACACAUCCCUAUCAAAGAAGCUGAAAACCAGGGGAUCAUCGUCUGGCUCAACUGACGCUCUAUAAUUGUAUCAGUCAAUAUUACUAUGUUGUGUGCAUAAUGUAAAACGCAGCUAACAGGGCUAAAAAAAGGCAGACAGGAGUCCCAGGAUGAUUUCUAUUAUAAGGUUGCAUUAAAGGAGAAAACUUUUUACAAUAAAGGAUGACCACCGUGGAAAGGAGGACUUUACAACAAUGAUUAAUAAUGGAUAAAACUUAAGCCAAUCUAAAGUCUGGUCUGAUAGUUUGAUUGUUGAUGCUGCUUCCUGGGAUUUCUCAUAACAGACCUUAACAACUGAAAACAUUUCCUUCCCUUUUAACGGAGGAUUUAAUCACACAAAUCAGCGUCAAAUAGAAGAACAAGCACCUAUAGGCCUAUAUACACUAUAAGGUUCUUUUUGUGAAUCAAUUUGAGAAUCGCUGUUUGAAAAACCAUCAUGACACAAGCUUGCACCGCUGUUUUGAGAUCAUGUAUUACAACCUCCCCAAUCACAGCACAGAUACAUCGUCCUGAAUUAACAUUAUCCAAAACGUUCCAUGUGUUGUCUAUGUUGUAUGUGCGAUGUAAAAUAAGAGGAUUGUCAGAGUACAGUGCAUAGGAGACCCUCAUAUUAAUUUAUCAAGUGAAGUUGGAUUUCAUUUUCAGCAUGAUCUGAACAGCAAUGUAAAUAAAAUAUAAUAAUGCUGCAUAAUAAUCAAUUAAUUUGACUUAUAGGAAACUGAGUGCACAUGAACAGGCUUCAGUUCCUCGCACUAUAAACACCCAAGGCUGUCAUCAAUCAAAGUGUUUCCUGUUUUGUGAUGCAAUGCACUGUGUGCGACACUGUAAGCUUCUUGUAAUAUAUCUACACUCACUUUCCUCACACUUCUUCAACGUGUACAUAUGUUCAACCGAUAUUCUGAUGUCAACUUCCGGCUAUAGAAAUAACAAAGCUGACAUGGAUUUCUGCCAUAUGCACAUUUUGAAGAUCAUAUUUGGUCUCAAGUAACGUGUAUGAGUUGUACUGUACUGUUUUUAUCAGACAGUGUAAUUUAUUUUUAAUUUUUUUUUUCAAAAAUGUUUCUGUGUUGAAAGCAGAGGGAAAAAAAAAUCUGGAAUUAUGUUUCUGGUGUUACAGAUUAUUUUGAUUCUGAUAAGUAGUUUGCACACACAGAACUGUGUCCAGGAGAACUCUGGGAGAUAUCAGCAAUAUGCAUUUUUUUCA